AUGGCAUCAGAAGCCCCCCACUGCAAGGUCGUAUUGGCCAAAAACAUUGCCAAUGGCCUCCUCCAAGAAGUGCACGACGGUCUCAAAACCCUAGGCAGGAAACCGCAUCUCGUCGGAUUUUUGGCAAACUCGGACCCUGCUGCGCGCAUGUAUGCGGAUUGGACUGAGAAGACCUGUCAUGAAAAUGGUUUCCAGUACACCCGCCGCGACGUCGACAAAGAAGAAAUCGAAGAAGCCAUCCUGGCCGCCAACGUCGACGACGAUGUCGACGGCAUAAUCGUUUAUUAUCCCAUCUUCAACAACCGUCAAGACCAGUACCUGCAACAAAUCGUGGAUGUAUCCAAGGACGUCGAAGGGUUGAGUCACCGCUACGUCUUUAAUAUGUAUCAAAACAUUCGCUUCUUGGACGAGAAAGUGUCUGCGGACGGCAAGAGUGAAGGUGGAACCCAGAAAUCGAUUCUGCCCUGCACGCCGCUUGCAAUUGUCAAGAUUUUGGAAUAUCUAAGGGUAUACAACACCAUCCUUCACUACGGAAACCGCCUGCACGGCCACACAAUCUGCGUCGUGAAUCGGUCCGAAGUCGUCGGUCGCCCUCUGGCAGCCCUACUCGCAAACGACGGCGCAUGCGUCUACAGCGUCGAUAUCACCGGUGUCCAAAAAUUCACUCGUGGUGAAGGCCUGAAAAAACGAAGACACGAAGUUGAAGAUUUGGAGGGAUGGACCAUCAAAGAUGCCGCCCCUCUAUGCGACGUGGUUAUUACCGGUGUCCCUGGAGAUUCAUACAAAUUCGAUACUUCGUUACUCAGAAACGGAGCAGUGUGCAUUAACUUUUCGAGUGAGAAGAACUUUGGACCAGAGGUCAAGGAAAAAGCGUCCAUUUAUGUGCCGUCGAUUGGAAAGGUUACAAUUGUGGUGUUGUUGAGGAAUCUACUGAGAAUCGUUCAAAACCGCGCGGCUACGAAAGCAUAG